ACACACACACACACACACAGUCAGGUAUCUCCUCUCUGCGUGCGCGUGUUUCUCUGUGAUGCUCGCGGGCGUCGGACGCGCGGAUGAUCGCGGCUGAUUGUCAGUGUGUGGAAUAAGACGCUCUUCAUCCUCAUCUUCAUCUUCAUCCUCCUCAUCGCGGCUGUUUCUGGCUGGAGUGACAGAAAGACAUAAAACCUUCCUCCGGAUCCUCAGCGCUCCUCUGAAGGCUUUUGGUCAGUGCUUUGUGAUUCUUCAGCGUUUGGAAUGUGACCAAGAGUUUUCAGAAAGGUGAGAUUCUGAGGAGUUUUAUUCUUUCAUUCCUCUGGCCGGAGACAGCUCAGAUGACGAGGGUUUCAUGAACGGUGCGGUCUGGCUCGGAGCGUGUUGUGAGGAUCCAGAUGGAACCUGCGUGAACCUGCGGGCGGCAGCGAGUGUCUCUGGAGGGAAAAUGUUCCACUGAUUUUUGUUCCUGCAACCUCAAAGUUGUGAGAGCGUUGCAGGAGCGUUGUGAGCUGGCACACUCCGCGGGUGAGUCGUAACAUCAUGCCUGUGCCAAGCGUCUGUGUAGCGUUACCCUCCGUCCGACACUGUCUCCUGCUGCUCAGCGCCUGGGUCCUGCUCUCCAGCGCCGAGUCGCCACCAAAGUUCUUACGAACCCCGAACGAUCAGACGGGCGUUCAGGGCGGCGUCGCCUCCUUCAUCUGCCAGGCUACUGGCGACCCGCAGCCCAAGAUCGUGUGGAACAAGAAGGGGAAGAGAGUGAGCAACCAGCGUUUUGAGGUAGUCAUAGAGUUCGAUGACGGAUCGGGCUCCGUUCUGAGAAUCCAGCCGCUGCGGACGCCGCGCGAUGAAGCCAUUUACGAAUGUGUCGCCUCCAACAGUGUUGGGGAGACGAGCGCCACCACACGACUCACUGUUUUACGUGAGGAUCAGCUGCCCCCAGGUUUCCCCACCAUAGAUAUGGGCCCCCAGCUCAAGGUGGUGGAGCGCACCCGUACUGCCACCAUGCUCUGUGCUGCUAGCGGUAACCCCGACCCAGACAUUUCCUGGUUCAAAGACUUCCUCCCGGUCAACACCAGUAACAACAACGGCCGCAUCAAACAGCUCCGAUCAGAGUCCUUUGGUGGUACGCCAAUAAGAGGAGCGCUGCAAAUCGAACAAAGCGAGGAAUCGGACCAAGGGAAGUACGAAUGUGUCGCGACCAACAACGAUGGCACGCGCUAUUCCGCACCUGCCAACCUGUAUGUCAGAGAGCUGCGAGAAGUGAGACGGGUUCCACCCCGGUUCUCCAUUCCCCCGACGGACAAUGAGAUCAUGCCCGGUGGCAGCGUUAACAUCACCUGUGUGGCCGUCGGGUCACCGAUGCCCUAUGUUAAAUGGAUGUUGGGGUCGGAGGAUUUGACCCCUGAAGAUGACAUGCCCAUUGGGCGAAACGUGCUGGAACUCACUGACGUCCGGCAGUCGGCCAACUACACAUGUGUCGCCAUGUCAACGCUGGGCGUUAUAGAGGCGGUCGCACAGAUUACGGUCAAAGCUUUACCGAAGCCACCAGGUGUUCCCCAGGUAACGGAACGCACAGCAACAAGCAUUACGCUCACAUGGGAUUCUGGGAAUCCCGAACCCGUUUCUUAUUACAUCAUCCAGCACAAGCCCAAAAACUCUGAGGACUCUUUUAAAGAGAUUGAUGGAGUCGCCACCACUCGAUACAGCGUGGGUGGGCUAAGCCCUUACUCCGACUACCAGUUCAGAGUAGUCGCAGUGAAUAACAUUGGACGCGGGCCUCCCAGCGAAGCCAUUGAGUCCAAAACAGCGGAGCAAGCACCGAGUACCGCCCCGCGGCAAGUCCGAGGGCGCAUGCUAAGUGCCACGACCGCCAUCAUCCACUGGGAUGAACCCGAGGAGGCAAAUGGGCAGAUUACAGGCUACAGGGUUUACUACACCACCGAUCCCAGCCAGCAUGUCAACCAAUGGGAGAAACAGAUUGUAAGGACUUCCAACUUCCUCACCAUUCCGGGCCUAACGCCAAAUAAGACUUACUACAUCAAGGUCCUGGCCUUCACCUCUGUAGGAGAUGGACCGCUCUCUUCUGAUUUGCAGAUCAUAGCCAAAACUGGAGUGCCCUCUCAACCAACGGACUUCAAAGGCGAAGCCAAAUCUGAGACGAGCAUCUUGCUGUCGUGGAACCCGCCGACUCAGACGGGCCAGGACAAUCAAAUAGUCGGAUAUGAGCUGCUCUAUAAGAAAGGAGAUGACAAAGAGGAGAAACGAGUAAGCUUUGAGCCCACCACAACCUAUUUACUGAAAGAUCUGAAGCCGUUCACUACCUACACGUUUCAGCUGGCCGCUCGCAGCAAACACGGCAUCGGCGCAUACACCAACGAGAUCUCAGCCGAAACGCCUCAGACACCAGUGUUUGCAAAAAAUUUUCACGUGAGAGCUGCCAUGAAGACCUCAGUGCUGCUGACGUGGGAGAUUCCCGAGAACUACAACCCCGCGCAGCCGUUUACGAUCCUGUAUGAUAACGGCCAGAGUGUGGAGGUGGAUGGGAAGCUGACGCAGAAGCUCAUCACAAACCUUCAGCCGGAGACGCAGUACUCCUUCCUGCUCACCAACCGUGGGAACAGCGCCGGAGGACUGCAGCACCGCGUCUCCACCAUGACAGCGCCUGACAUACUGCGCACCAAACCCUACCUGAUCAGCAAGACCAGUUCAGACGGCAUGGUCACGGUCGAGCUGCCGGCUGUUCAGACGGCUGAGAAAGUGAAGGGUUACUACAUCGUGGUGGUGCCGCUGAAGAAACAGCGGCCCGGAAAGUUCAUCAAACCCUGGGACAGUCCGGAUGAGAUGAAUCUGGAGGAGCUAUUGCGAGAAAUCAACCGAACGAGUCGCGCUCUUCGCUUCCGUCGUCAGAUGGAGCCCAAGCCAUACAUUGCGGCAUAUUUCCACGAGCUGCCAAACGAAUUUACGCUAGGAGAUGCCAAGAUGUACGGAGACUUCGAGAACAAGCAGCUGCUGAACGGACAGGAGUACGUCUUCUUUGUGCUGGCGGUGCUGGAGAUCUCCGACAGCGUGUUGUACGCGGCGAGUCCGUACUCUGAUCCGGUGAUGUUUGCCGAUAUCGACCCGCAGCCCAUAAUCGAUGAAGAGGAGGGUCUGAUCUGGGUCGUGGGGCCUGUGCUGGCCGUCAUCUUCAUCAUCUGCAUCGUCAUCGCCAUCCUGCUGUACAAGAGCCGCUUCCACUGGAGCAGUCAACCAGACAGGAAAAGGGCGGAGUCAGAGGCCAGGAAAGGCAGUCUGCCCAGCGGUAAAGAAAUGCCCUCCCAUCACGCCACCGACCCUGUGGAGUUACGCCGUCUGAACUUCCAGACUCCCGGUUCAGCCGCAUCGGUUUACCCCAGUAACCUCCAUUUGUCAAGGAUGGCCAGUCACCCUCCCAUCCCAGUCAUGGAGCUGGCCGAUCACAUCGAACGCCUGAAAGCAAACGACAACUUGAAGUUUUCGCAGGAGUAUGAGUCGGUCGAUCCCGGUCAGCAGUUCACGUGGGAGCACUCCAACCUGGAGGUCAACAAACCAAAGAACAGAUACGCAAACGUCAUCGCCUACGAUCACUCCAGAGUCCUGCUCUCCGCCAUCGAUGGUAUUCCAGGCAGCGAUUACAUCAACGCAAACUACAUCGACGGCUACCGGAAGCAGAACGCUUACAUCGCCACUCAAGGCGCGCUGCCCGAGACCUUCGGCGAUUUCUGGCGGAUGAUCUGGGAGCAGCGGAGCUCAAACAUCGUCAUGAUGACCAAACUGGAGGAAAGAUCCAGGGUGAAGUGUGACCAGUACUGGCCCAACAGAGCGACGGAGACGUACGGACUCAUUCAGGUCACGCUGCUGGACACGGUGGAGCUGGCCACGUACUGCGUCCGGACGUUUGCACUUUACAAGAGCGGCUCCAGCGAGAAGCGAGAGGUGCGGCAGUUCCAGUUCACGGCGUGGCCGGAUCACGGCGUUCCGGAGCAUCCCACACCGUUCCUGGCCUUCCUGCGCAGAGUCAAGUCCUGCAACCCACCGGACGCCGGACCCAUGGUGGUGCACUGCAGUGCCGGCGUGGGUCGGACCGGCUGCUUCAUCGUCAUCGACGCCAUGCUGGAGCGAAUCAAACACGAGAAGACGGUGGACAUCUACGGUCACGUGACUCUCAUGCGUGCACAGAGGAACUACAUGGUCCAGACGGAAGACCAGUAUGUCUUCAUUCACGACGCGCUCCAGGAGGCCGUCACCUGCGGCACCACCGAGGUUCCCGCUAGGAACCUGUACGCAUACAUCCAGAAACUCACACAGAUCGAGUCCGGAGAGAACGUCACCGGGAUGGAGCUGGAGUUUAAGCGGUUAGCGAACACAAAAGCUCACACCUCACGGUUCAUCAGUGCCAACCUGCCCUGCAACAAAUUCAAGAACAGACUGGUUAACAUCAUGCCCUACGAGUCCACGCGCGUCUGUCUGCAGCCAAUCAGAGGAGUCGAGGGCUCCGACUACAUCAACGCCAGCUUCAUCGACGGAUACAGGCAACAGAAGGCUUACAUCGCCACGCAGGGUCCUUUAGCUGAAACCACAGAAGACUUCUGGAGGAUGCUGUGGGAACACAACUCCACCAUCGUCGUGAUGCUGACCAAACUCAGAGAGAUGGGCAGAGAAAAGUGCCAUCAGUACUGGCCAGCAGAGCGUUCAGCCAGAUAUCAGUACUUUGUGGUGGAUCCAAUGGCUGAAUACAACAUGCCGCAGUACAUCCUGCGAGAGUUUAAAGUGACGGACGCACGGGACGGACAGUCACGGACCGUCAGGCAGUUCCAGUUCACAGACUGGCCAGAACAAGGCGUGCCAAAAUCAGGGGAAGGCUUCAUCGACUUCAUCGGCCAAGUGCAUAAAACAAAAGAGCAGUUUGGUCAGGACGGACCCAUAUCGGUCCACUGUAGGUAAGAAAGACACGAGUCUGUGCAAGAAAAA